AGGACUAAAGAUGGCGCUGACAGGACGGCGUUGUGACGCGACGGCACGUCCGCCGGAAGUGUCCUGAGGAGAGCCUGGAAGCCGGCUCACCCUCGCGCCGGCGGUAUCUCAAGCUUCGCGUUUUGAGUAGGAGUCGCCACUCUUCUACCAGGAUCAUGGUGUUCUACUUCACCAGCAGCAGCGUUAAUUCAUCUACUUACACUAUUUACAUGGGAAAGGAUAAAUAUGAAAAUGAAGAUCUGAUAAAGUAUGGCUGGCCUGAAGAUAUUUGGUUUCACGUGGACAAACUCUCUUCGGCCCAUGUGUACCUACGAUUACAAAAGGGAGAGAAGAUAGAAGACAUUCCAAAGGAGGUUUUGAUGGACUGUGCCCACCUUGUGAAGGCCAAUAGCAUUCAAGGCUGCAAGAUGAACAACGUUAAUGUGGUUUACACGCCAUGGUCUAACCUGAAGAAAACAGCUGACAUGGAUGUGGGGCAGAUAGGCUUUCACAGGCAGAAGGAUGUAAAGAUUGUGACGGUAGAGAAGAAAGUGAAUGAAAUCUUGAACCGAUUAGAAAAGACCAAACUGGAGAAGUUUCCAGACCUUGCAGCAGAGAAGGAAGGCAGAGACCGUGAAGAGAGGAAUGAGAAGAAAGCCCAGAUUCAGGAGAUGAAAAGGAAAGAGAAAGAAGAAAUGAAGAAGAAAAGGGAAAUGGAUGAACUUAGGAGCUACUCAUCACUCAUGAAAGUUGAGAAUAUGUCCUCAAAUCAAGAUGGUAACGAUUCCGAUGAGUUCAUGUGAGCUGAGCAACGGACCCUGGGAAGACAUGAAUGUGCAGACCAUUGCAGAGCUUUUGAUUUCAUCUAGGUUCUGAAUUACAGAAACCAACCAACCAAAAUUCUACCUUCAUUCUACAUAGACAUCAUUGGUUUUGGAGUUUAAAAAAAAAAGUCACCUUUUUGCUGAUGAAAAGAACAUAUGUAUAAUAUAGUUGAACUCGAAGACAACUUAAAGUUUAGGGAAAGGAGAAUAUUUUUGGCAGAACAUCCGUCAGUACCUCAUGAAGGCUGGCUGCCUUUGUCUUUGAGAUAGACAUUGGAGCAGACGGACUCUGGAAAGUGCUUCUGUGGCUGUGGUCUGUCCUGGGAACAGACGUGGUAAAAUGCGUUUCCUAUCUCUAAAAUAUCUACUUCUGUGAAGAAGACUGGCUUACUCAGGCCAGGGCCCUCCUGACGACGGUUUCCUGACUAGAAGAAAGGGACGUGGGUUUGAAGGCAGCAGCAGUGCUUACUUAACCUGCAUUUCAGCAUUUGGCAAGUUCUCUCUUGCUGGCGUCAGAGUAGCUGGCCCAGCUCUUAGCUUGUUCUGAGGGUUCUGCUGUGAGGUGAGGGCCCCAUCUCAGCAUCGUAGUUACAUAGUUGAUCUUAACUAAGCUUGGGAAUACGUCACCUGAGAUCACAGGUGAUCCAAGCCGCAGAUGUGACAGCUGGGCUCUGAAGCUAUUUCUGUGUGUGGAGGGAGACAGGAAAGGGUGCUGUGCUAGUAGUGAGAGUGACACAGAUUGCCUCAUGAUUGUCUGGAGUGUAUCAUGAAACAAAAGUCCACCAUGGAUUGCAAGCUUUAGAACGAAUCAAGCAUUUUCCCUAGCCAGGCAAGGCAUUCGUUUCCUUACUUUGGAAUAGUAUUUAUGUUGAAUUGUAAACCCACAGUUGUAAGCUUAGUGACUUCACAUGUAUGUAGCAUUGGUACUGGUCUGAGCCACCUGCUACCCAGUAGAUAGAUAACCUUUUUGUUAGUGUUUAAGGGAGCCCCUGAAGAGACUCAACAGAACAGUGAGAGGAGAGAGAGAAAAGCUGGCAGGGUUGUGACUGGCAUGCAAAUCCAUAUUCUAGCACACCACACAGUGCCCACAGCUCUGCGGUGCUGAGCCAGCAGAAAUGAUUUCUUCAGCAGAUGUACCAGCUGUCAUCACUGACGUAUGCACAAAACCAGACCGUUGAUCCCUGGUAUUCCAAGUUGAGUAUGGGUUGAACUGGAAAAUUCCCUGAGGCAUAACUUGUUAGCCAAUUUGAGGAGAGCCAGUUUGAGGGUUAUGAAAGUCAGCACCAGAGAUCAGUGAGUGUGAGUGUGUGUGUGUGUGUGUGUGUGUGUGUGUGUGUGUGUGUGUGUGUGUGUGUAUGUGUGUGAUAGUUAGACUGGAGUUCUGUGAUUUAAAAAAAAUUAUAAUAAAGUAUCAUUUUUGUCAG